GCCUCCGUAUCACCUCACGCCUGCGCAAUAAGUCAGCCGGGUGUUUUGUGGCGGCCGGUUAAGCCGAGGUAGCCGCAGCGCCGCGCACUCUGCAGGCGUUUCUGUGCCGCGCGCCUCAGGGUCGUUACAACAAGGCGCAAGUGGCCCUCGGGCCGGCGACGCGUGUCUGUCUGGGCUCGCGGGAUCCAAGAUCUCUGAGCAGCAGGGAUGUCGAUCUUCACACCAACCAACCAGAUCCGCCUUACCAAUGUGGCUGUCGUACGCAUGAAGCGCGCCGGGAAGCGCUUCGAAAUCGCCUGCUACAAAAACAAAGUCGUCGGCUGGCGGAGCGGCGUGGAAAAAGACCUUGAUGAAGUUCUACAGACCCACUCAGUGUUUGUAAAUGUUUCUAAAGGGCAGGUUGCAAAGAAGGAAGAUCUCAUCAGUGCAUUUGGAACAGAUGACCAGACUGAAAUCUGUAAGCAGAUUUUGACUAAAGGAGAGGUUCAAGUAUCAGAUAAAGAACGGCACACGCAGCUGGAGCAGAUGUUUAGGGACAUUGCAACUAUUGUGGCCGACAAAUGUGUGAACCCUGAAACAAAGAGACCAUACACUGUUAUCCUUAUUGAGAGAGCAAUGAAGGACAUCCACUAUUCAGUCAAAACCAACAAGAGCACAAAACAACAGGCUUUGGAAGUGAUAAAACAGCUAAAAGAGAAAAUGAAGAUAGAGCGUGCCCACAUGAGACUUCGGUUCAUCCUUCCAGUGAAUGAAGGAAAAAAGCUGAAAGAAAAGCUCAAGCCACUGAUCAAGGUUAUAGAAAGUGAGGACUACAGUCAACAAUUAGAAAUUGUGUGUCUGAUUGACCCAGGCUGCUUCAGAGAAAUUGAUGAGCUAAUAAAAAAGGAGACAAAAGGCAAAGGUUCUUUGGAAGUACUCAAUUUGAAAGAUGUGGAAGAAGGAGAUGAGAAAUUGGAAUAACAUUCAUCAGUCUCUUCAGCUUUAAAACACUAAAACAUUUUCAUUUCCCGCAGUCCUGUGUUCUUUCUGUGGUCUGCCAAAUACUUGCUCAGACUAUUUGAUGUUUUCCAUGUUUGUGUUAAACGUGUACACAAAAGAUUUUCCUAAAGAGUAUUAUAAUGUGGGGUUAAUUUAGUUUUACUUAUAAAGUGGUGUUUUAGGUAAAAAUGAAAAAUUCAAUAUACAAGUCCAGAGUUGCAUUUUGCUCCUAUCUCAUGCCUUUGUAGUUUUCCAAGGUGAAAGUUAUUUGAGGCAGCUCUUGUGGAUAAAAAGUUAAAUUUUGUACAUUAUAAUGUUAAUUUGGGGAGGAUAUGUCUGUAUGACAAAGAGGGAGUAUGUGCUGAAAAAGAAAAGAUAAUGUCUUAUUUCCAUUUAAUGAAAUGCAUGGAAUGGGUAACUGUAUUGUGGCCUAAUAUAAAGCUUGGAUGAUGACUUCCUGAUUAUCUGAAAAAUACAUAUGAUGACUGUGCAGGACUUAAAUAAUUUUCAUUGAACAUGCUGCCUAAACUAGAUUAUUCUCGGUAAACAAAAAUAGUCAUUUAUUUCUAAUUCUUAAAGUUUAUGGUAUAUACUAAUAUAGCUGAAAUUAUAUGUAACCAAUAAAACCACUCUAUUUUUGUUAAACUAU